AGUGGGUUGCGAUGUCCUUUUGUGUCCUACAGCCGGAGCGAGGAGCGAGCGCGCAGCCCCAGCCUAUGGCUCGGCCGGUCCCCGGCGCGCGGGGCCACUGAGCCGCCCCCCGGCCGGACGCGCCAGCCAGCCGCCGCCCCGAGCCCUUGUCUGCGCCCAAGCUCCUUCCAGCCAUGUCGUCCCGGGAACGCCGAGCAGAGUUCUUCAUCAAGACAGAGCCGGCGUCCCCAGACAGCCUCGCGCAGCACAGCCCAAGCGGGUCUUCCGACACCAGUGCCAGCGGAGCUCCUCAAGAGCUUGAGGCUGCAGGGGCCCUGCCCGCCGGGACAGGGGCGUCCCGGCGCCGGCACGACGAUGACCCGGACGAGCCUCCAGGGCGCGGGAAGUACAUGCUGAGCUCCAUGCCCAAGCGACUGUGCCUCGUGUGUGGCGAUGUGGCCUCGGGGUACCACUACGGCGUGGCAUCCUGCGAAGCCUGCAAGGCCUUCUUCAAGCGAACCAUCCAAGGCAGCAUCGAGUACAGUUGUCCAGCCACCAACGAAUGUGAAAUCACCAAGAGGCGCCGGAAAGCUUGCCAGGCGUGUCGUUUCACCAAGUGCCUGCGCGUGGGCAUGCUCAAGGAAGGGGUACGUCUAGACCGGGUACGAGGGGGCCGCCAAAAGUACAAGCGCCGGCCUGAGGUGGAGGGCGCCACCUACCCCAGCGCCUUCGUCACCCCGCAGAUCGCCACGGCGACUGCCAAGAAACAAGCUCCAAUGAACACCAUGGUGUCGCAUUUACUGGUGGCGGAACCCGAAAAACUCUACGCCAUGCCUGAUCCUGCACUUCCCGAUGGCCCCGCCAAGGCGGCGAGCACUUUGUGCGAUCUGGCCGACCGGGAGAUCGUGGUUAUCAUUGGCUGGGCUAAAAACAUCCCAGGGUUCCCAGCACUGUCCUUGGCAGACCAGAUGUCUGUGCUGCAGAGCGUGUGGCUGGAGGUUUUGCUGCUAGGGGUCGCCUGGCGCUCGCUGCCCUGCGAGGAUGAGAUUGUCUUUGCGGAGGACUUUGCCCUCGAUGAGGAGGCAGCACGGACGGCCGGGCUGCUGGAGCUCAGCGGGGUUGUCCUGCAGUUGGUGCGCAAGUACCGGGCCCUGCGCCUGGAGCGCGAAGAGUACGUGCUUCUCAAGGCCUUGGCACUCGCCAACUCAGACUCCGUGCACAUUGAAGACAUGGCGGCUGUGCAGCGACUCCGGGAUGUGCUGCACGAGGCCCUUCUGGAAUACGAGGCAUCGCGCCGCCCAGAGGAACCGCGCCGGGCCGGACGCCUCCUCCUCACGUUGCCCCUGCUGCGCCAGACGGCCACCCGCGUCCUCCACCACUUCUACAGCCUCAAACUGGAGGGCAAGGUGCCCAUGCAUAAGCUGUUCCUGGAGAUGCUGGAGGCCAUGAUGGACUGAAAGCUUAGGCCAGGGGGCAGGAUCCGGGGAGCUGGGGGAGCCCGGGCACGGCGGGGCACGGCGCAGAUGAUCAGGGGCGGGCGCGGCGCGGCAGACGGAGGCCUGGUUCCCUUCCCCCGGCACCCUCGCCGCUGCUCAUCUGCGCAAUGUUCCAGGCAUUUCAGUGUACACAGCCGUAAUAAUUGCCCAUUGCUUCGCACUGAGGCCGACAUCAAGGAAACGCCCGCCAGGGAUGCAGCGGAGAAGGGUUUCAACCCAGCCAGAGAGCCGAACCUUCCUGGGCAUAAGGGUGGGACUGACGCAUGGGGGGGGGGGAGGUGGAGAACGUUUCGACAUUCACACGGAAGCCAUACUUUUGAUUUUAAUUUAUUAAUUUGCGGAGGGGUAUUAGCUACUGUAGCUCUAGCCUGGAAGCCAUAUUAGAAUAGCGUGGCAUGAAGGAUUGGGCACUGGAGUGCGCGUGUGGGUUUGGGGACGGGGGCUGAGCCGCGUGUUCUCGCCACCCCCCCCGCCCCCGGUGUAGCUACCGACGGGCAUGCGUGGAAGGCCUGGAUGUCACACUUGCAUCGAGCUGUUCUUCUUUGGACAGCCCCUUCCUCACCCCCAGAACCUACCUUCUGUUCAUCCCUGGGCUGGGCCCAACCAAACGCACCUUAACCUGGGGCAUAAGAGCAGCCUCAUUGCUUUAUGCCCCUCGGCAUCAUGAGGGAGACAGGAGGUGGGCAGAGGGACCCCAGCAUUCCUUGGCCUGCCUUCUGUCCCUUCGCUUCUGAGUCUUUGUUGGGCAUCUCUCAGGGGAAGGGCACUCUCCCCCCCCCGCAAGGCUGCCUCCCUCCCUCCCUCCCUCUGGGAAUGUCGCAUUAUCACUUUUGAGCAAUAAAAUAAGAUUGAGGGUGGGGCGAGUGUCUUACGUUGUGCUUUGCAUGGAGCCUGCCUUAACUUCUGUGUGUGGCUGUUAAUGGUGGAGGCAGCCCCUGCAGAAGGGAAAGGCAGGGCCUUUAGUGCUCCAUCCGGCAAAGUCUCUUCACUUAUUUCCCUCGUAGCAAUAGUUAAAAAGGCAAUUCUGCUUUUUUUCAGGUGUGAUUUCCUCUCUCCUCCACCCCCCUCCCGAGACCCAUCAUACCAACACUAUCUUCUGUCCAAAGCAAUAAAA